UCCCGGAGUCUGGCCGCAGUCGCGGCAGUGGUGGCUUCCCGUCUCCAAAAGGCGCCCUCCGACUCCUCGCGCCGCACUGCUCGCCGGGCCAGUCCGGAAACGGGUCGUGGAGCUCCGCACCACUCCCGCUGGUUCUCGAACGCGGAUCCCUUCUCCCGAGAGUUGCGAGAAACUUUCCCUUGUCCCUGACGCUGCAGCGGCUCGGGUACCGUGGCAGCUGCAGGUUUCUGAACCCCGGGCCACGCUCCCCGCGCCUCGGCUUCGCGCUCGUGUAGAUCGUUCCCUCUCUGGUUGCACGCUGGGGAUCCCGGACCUCGAUUCUGCGGGCGAGAUGCCCCUGGGACACAUCAUGAGGCUGGACCUCGAGAAAAUUGCCCUGGAGUACAUCGUGCCCUGUCUGCACGAGGUGGGCUUCUGCUACCUGGAUAACUUCCUGGGCGAGGUGGUGGGCGACUGCGUGCUGGAGCGCGUCAAGCAGCUGCACUGCACCGGGGCCCUGCGGGACGGCCAGCUGGCUGGGCCGCGCGCCGGCGUCUCCAAGCGACACCUGCGGGGCGACCAGAUCACGUGGAUCGGGGGCAACGAGGAGGGCUGCGAGGCCAUCAGCUUCCUCCUGUCCCUCAUCGACAGGCUGGUCCUCUACUGCGGGAGCCGGCUGGGCAAAUACUACGUCAAGGAGAGGUCUAAGGCAAUGGUGGCUUGCUAUCCAGGAAAUGGAACAGGUUAUGUUCGCCAUGUGGACAACCCCAAUGGUGAUGGUCGCUGCAUCACCUGCAUCUACUAUCUGAACAAGAAUUGGGAUGCCAAGCUACAUGGUGGGAUCCUGCGGAUAUUUCCAGAGGGGAAAUCAUUCAUAGCAGAUGUGGAGCCCAUUUUCGACAGACUCCUGUUCUUCUGGUCAGAUCGCAGGAACCCACACGAAGUGCAGCCUUCUUAUGCAACCAGAUAUGCUAUGACUGUCUGGUACUUUGAUGCUGAAGAAAGGGCAGAAGCCAAAAAGAAAUUCAGGAAUUUAACUAGGAAAACUGAGUCUGCCCUCACUGAAGACUGACCGUGCUCUGAAAUCCGCGGGCCUUGUUCAUUUUAGUAAUGGUUCCUGAAUUCUCUUAAAUUCUUUGAGAUCCAAAGAUGGACUCUUCGGUGACAACAAUCUCCCUGCUACUUCUUGCAUCCUUCACAUCCCUGUCUUGUGUGUGGUACUUCAUGUUUUCUUGCCAAGACUGUGUUGAUCUUCAGAUACUCUCUUUGCCAAAUGAACUGAUUUGCUAACAUCCUGCAGACAUCCUACUCGGCCAGCGGUUUACCUGAUAGAUUCGGUAAUACUAUCAAGAGAAGAGCCUAGGAGUACAGCGAGGGAAUGAACCUUACUUGCACUUUAUGUAUACUUCCUGAUUUGAAAGGAGGAGGUUUGAAAAGAAAAAAAUGGAGGUGGUAGAUGCCACAGAGAGGCAUCAUGGAAGCCUUAACAGCAGGAAACAGAGAAAUGUGUGUCAUCUGAACAAUUUCCAGAUGUUCUUAAUCCAGGGCUGUUGGGGUUUCUGGAGAAUUAUCACAACCUAAUGACAUUAAUACCUCUAGAAAGGGCUGCUGUCAUAGUGAACAAUUUAUAAGUGUCCCAUGGGGCAGACACUCCUUUUUUCCCAGUCCUGCAACCUGGAUUUUCUGCCUCAGCCCCAUUUUGCUGAAAAUAAUGACAUUCUGAAUAAAGAUGGCAACACAAUUUUUUCUCCAUUUUCAGUUCUUACCUGGGAACCUAAUUCCCCAGAAGCUAAAAAACUAGACAUUAGUUGUUUUGGUUGCUUUGUUGGAAUGGAAUUUGAAUUUAAAUGAAAGGAAAUACAUAUCCCUGGUAGUUUUGUGUUAACCUCUGAUAACUGUGGAAAGAGCUAGGUCUACUGAUAUAUAAUAAACACGUGUGCAUCUUGAACAAUUUGAGAUGGCAGGUGGAGUUGGAAAUGUGGGUGUUCCUGGUUUUUUUUUUUCAGUUUUCCUUUUUAAUGAGCUCACCCUUUAACACAAUAAAAAACAGGGUGCUGUAUUUUAAAAAAGGAAAUGGAAAUAAAAAAAUCUCAAACUAUUUGAGUUCUUGUCUGUCCCUAGCAGCCUUUCUUCGGCCCACUUGGCUCUCCAGAUCCACUGUGGUUGGCAGUAUGACCAGAAUCAUGGAAUUUGCUAGGAUUGUGGAAGCUUCUACUCCUGCAGUAAGCACAGAUCUCACUGCCUCAAUAACUUGGUAUUGAGCACAUAUUUUGCAAAAGCUACUUUUCCCAGUUUUCAGUACCACUUUCAUGUUUUAAAAAUCCCUUUAAUUUCUUGCUUGAAAAUCCCAUGGACAUUAAAAAGCCAGAAAUAUUUUCCUUUGUUAUGUACGGAUAUAUAUAUAUAGUCUUCCAAGAUAGAAGUUUACUUUUUCCUCUUCUGGUUUUGGAAAAUUUCCAGAUAAGACAUGUCACCAUUCAUUCUCAAUGACUGCUCUUAUUUUGUUGUAUGGUAAUAGUUAUCACCUUCUAAAUUACUAUGUAACUUACUUACUUAUUAUGUUUAUUGUCUUGUAUCCUUUCUCUAGAGUGUAAGCACAAUGAAGACAGGAAUUUUGUAUAUUUUUAACCAAUGCAACAUACUCUCAGCACCUAAAGUAGUGCCUGGAACAUAGUAAGGGCUCAGUAAAUACUUGUUGAAUAAACUCAAUCUCCUACAUUAGCAUUCUAA